GAUUCGUUUGCCAUAUUUUAACAAUUUUAACUUUCCUUUCUGGCUUUUGAGCUCUAAUUACAUUCUCAAAUGUAACUAUAGGAAGUACAUGUCACUAUGCAUUAAUUAGUCUAUUGAACAUAUUGUAGAAGAUUGAUUUCGUUACAUCGUAAAAAAAAUGAGAAAAUAUAGUCAGCUGUAGCAGCCCGUGUUGAUAACGUGUGCAGUUUACCUUAGAUACAGACAUUUAUGUAGGGGCUGCAUAGAUAAUUGUAGCAAGGCACAUAAAUGACCUGAAAUCUUUACAAAAGAGCUGGGAAAGUCAAACUAGAGAAAGGAGUUUGUUCUGAUUGUGUAGUUUAUAUACAUGGCAUAAAACUGUUAGCAAUGGCAGACAAGCACAGCCUGAACUAUGAUGUGAGAGAGCUGAAACUAGGAGCCAGCUUUACUAACAACAAGUCUUCGCAGUACCACACCAUUAAAUAUGACUUCAAACCUGCUUCAGUGGAUGUUAACAAAAUGGCUACAGUGGAUGUUGGCAUCAAUAACCAAGUGACUGUGACCGUGCCACAUUUGGAUGGUGCUGGAGUUCCACAAACUGUAUUCAAAGGCAGCCAAAGACCGUACACAAAGGAAUGCGUGCUCAUCAUAGACCGAGUCACUGGGGAGAUAACCCUGGAGAAGCUCUCCAGCAAUAUACAGGUUAAGAAGACAAGACAAGAGUCGGCACAGAAGCCGCGGCCGCUUACACCGGUAACCAGCGAGCUCACCAACACCACGCAGCGCUCCACGAGCCGCACGCGCGUCGCCACCAACCGCCGCACACACAGCACGGCGGCGCCGGCGCCGGGCAGCCAGGCGGCGCGCUACGGCGGCGCGCAGAAGACGCCGCCCAACAUGGUGCGCUCGCCGCAACGCGUCAAGACCUCCCCCCCGCAGGCCGCGCCGUGGUCGGGCGGCGGCAACAGCACGCUAGCAUCGCUGCCUAUGAUCGGCCUCGACGAGCUGGCGGGCCCCGCGCCGGCGCCGGCGCACAACGGCCACACGGCGUCCUUGCCCUUGCCGCAGCUUAACGGCUACGCGGCGCACAACGGCUACACGGCGCCCUUGCCGCAGCCCAACGGCUACGCGGCGCACAACGGCCACCCGCGCCACCACGCCGACCACCGCGCGCCCGAGCCCCGACCCGACCACCGCGCGCCCCCGUCCGACCACCGCGCGCCCCCGCCUGACCACCGCGCGCCCCCGCCAGACCACCGCGCGCCCCCGUCCGACCACCGAGCGCCCCCGUCCGACCACCGCGCGCCCCCGUCCGACCACAGGCCGCCCAACCCGCAGAUCAAUGUCCAGCCGCCCGCGGACGACAGCUCGUCGUCGUCAUCGAGCGACAGCGACUCGGACAGCGGCAGCGACAGCGACGACGACUCCGCGCCGCCGCCCGCCACCGGUCCAGGCCCCACGCUGCCCAGCGAGCUGCUCAACGACGAUCUCUGCCUUUCGGAGUCCGGCAGCGACUCCGACUGACCUCACGGAAACGCUUUUCCUUUCAUAUUCGCUACGGACACGCCGAGGCGGCAAGCGUGAUGUUUGCCGCGUAAGUUAUCUUAGGCUAGCACUUCACUGCGCCUUAUACGCCAGAGUUUGUUGUUGCAUCUCUUUCCUUACUGUUAUAAACAUAAGAGAUGCAGAGCCGUAUUUGCGCGCAUAAGGCGAAGUAUAUUGCCAGCAUUAGGCUUGAGGUAAGUGGCAAGCGUCAAGUGUGUUGUUAACUGUUCUGAUUUUCACAUAAGUUUAAAUUGACCUAACUUGUACGUCGGCCUAGGUUUAUGAGUAAUGGUUUGUGAGAGACCACUGGAAACCAACUCCUAUUUAAAACUCUUAAGGACCCACCCACCGGCAAUAAGCCGCUCCAAACAAUCGAAGUUACGCUCUCAAUAUAACCUCCUGACGGCCGUCGCGUCGUCCUACAUGUUCAGUCGACGUCAAACAUAUGUUUACACUUUUACACCUUACUCCCUUGUAAUAAGGUAAAAAAAAUUAAACAUAUCUUUCACUUCGACUGUACUACAUAGAGCCCAAUUACAAUAGGGAAUAUUACGCGAAACUGCGAAGGUGGCGCCACUACCACAAUCUGAGGGUCUAUCGCGAAACAAGAAAAUCGAAACUUCGUUAUCUAACAUCUCUGUCACUUUUGCAUAUUCGAGCGAUAAAGAGGCAGAUAGCGAAAUUUCGGAUUUGCGUUUCCCGGUAGGUCCUCUGUAAAUGUUCUGUAAACAAGCCGCCUUGAUGCAUAAAUGUCAUAUUUAAUUAUCGCUGUAAACUUGUCAAAAACCUGUUAAAAGUACAGUAUGUAUAAGUUACUCUAUCUAGUGCUGCACUUUGGUGGCAGAACAUUGCAGUAUUAUUUAUUACCUAUAUGACAGAGCGGAAUUUAAACCAGCAAAUUUUGAGAGCUAGUUUUCAGGACAUGCCGAAAUUAGAUGAAUUUUGGCAUGGACAUUUAAGUAACAUAAAUAUAUGUCUGGUACCUACUAGUUUUGGUUGCUAAAUAUUAAAAAUCAAAGAAAAUAUAGUCAGUAGAAGUUUUUCAUGUAAAUUUAUAGAGUCAGAAGUUUUGUUGUAUUAUUAUGAUGGCGGCGGCUAGGUUCUUGUGACUCUUAAUUUUCUUGUUUAAAAGUUGCAUUUUCGAAAGUAACUAAAUAGUAAUUUUUGAUGUGGUGGGAUUGUUAUGUUAUUAUUUUAUUAUUGACUGUUUAUGACUUAUUUAUUGUAUUGCGAAUAAUGAAUUGAUAUACAUACACGGUGGCUAAAAAUAAGUGAAUUCCCGUGGCCAGAGAGGUUUUGGGAUUAUACUGAGCAACUUACUAUGGGACAACCCCGAAAUCGCGAAAAAAAAUUUAGCCGUUUUAUACAUUUUGGCUGGUCCAUUUUCUAUGGGAGGGUAAUUUUAUUUUUGCGAUUUGUCGUUGGUCCCAUAGUAAAAGUUGCUCAGUAUAAUCCCAAUGCACUUAUUUUUUUGCCACCCUGUAUGUCUUGAAGUUUCUUCCAAAAGUUUUGCAUUUUAAUGAUUACGGUUGUGCGCAGUUCUGAAUAUAAACAUCACGUGAAUAACUUAUUUUAUUGAAAUAAUUCAGUGGAUUAGUUCAUUGUUAGAAACCAUACAUUGUCAGUUUGAAGCCUUGACGCUUGCCAUGAUUUCAUUACUUGGCUGCAUUUGCCAUAUACGCGGUUAUCAUUAUCAUAUUGAUGCAAAUUCGCACGUCGUUUCGGUGUAUGAGCGUGACAGCGUUAUGCGCGUAUAUAGCAAUGUCUUGCUCACACACCGUGUCGCAUCUCUAUUGCGCGAUAUUUGGCUGAUGUCCUGCUAAGUGCCACUCUUAAAUACUAAGUAACGGUACAUAAACUGAAUAAGUUGAUUAAUGUAUUAGUCAUUUUAGCAAAUCACAACUAAUAUCAGUUAUGUAUUCGUGACAUAACAGAUAAAAAAAAUGUGCCUCAAGUUUAUACAGAUAUUUACUUAUAUUUUAUGCCAAUAUUGUAAUACAUUUACAUACAAUACGCCAAGAUUGUUUAUACUUUAUAGUAAUAAUGUUAUAUCUUAACAUUACGUUUUAUUUAUAAUAUUAUUUUUAAUGAAAUUGCAAUAAUAUAUUUUGUGUAUAGCUAGAUGAUGGAAUAUUGGAGGUAUUACGUAAUAUAAAUCGAUUUUAUUAUUGUUUAAAAGUGAAUUUGAACAUUCAUUGGGGUCCAUGGCAGAAUUCGAUCUCACUACUAACCGGGAUACUCGUAUUCUUGGAAUAUGCCACAAGGUAGAGUGUUUUCACAAAAUAGCAUUUUGCAAAAUGCAAACCAGCAUUUUCAGCAAACAGUUCCUCUUGAGUUGUCAUGGUCUGUUAAAAUAUUAGUCUAUAAUUGUUCAUGGCACAGUCCAGAGAUUAGCAGGGCUGAGCAUAUACAUAUAAAAGCCUGUAUUCAUCUGGACAAUUUAUAGUUUUACUUGAUAUCCACAUCAAAAGUUGGAUAGGAAGUCUCUCAUACGUGUGGUUCUUACGUGUUCAAACAGUGUCCUUCACUAAACUAAAUUCAUACUAAAAUUACAUAUCUGUCUAUUUCCUAUUCACGCUGAUCCCAAGGCAAUGCAAUAUUUUUAUUAUUGCAAUCAAAGAGUAAUGCAGGAGAGGUGUAAAGUCUAAGAAAAAACUGGCCAAGUGCGAGUCGGACUCGCGCACCGAGGGUUCCGUACUUUUUAGUACAUGAGAUAUAGCUUGAUGAUAGAUAGACGGACAAUGGAGUCUUAGUAAUAGGGACCUGUUUUACCCUUUGGGUAAGGAACCCUAAAAAAAUGACGUUUAAGGUAAGACCUCCAUACUUUGUCAAUGUAAAGUCUCAGCAGAAUUAGCUUUGUCAAAUUUUACCCCCAGGCCCAUACUCAAUAUAUAUUUGUUAUAUGUAUUCAAAUUAGUUUGGUUUAGUUUAUGGUUCUGUUUAACUGAAGAGGGCAAUACAUUUCUUAUUACGAAUAUAGAUAUAAGAAUAUGGGAAUCAUGUUUCUGAUUGUAAAAGGUUAUUGUUUGUUGCGUAAUUACAGUCGAAGGCAAAAAUAUCGAUCCAGACAAUUGGCUCAAAAAUAUGUGAACACGACUUUAUUGUCAAAGAGCGUACACAUAUUUUAGAAACUUUGAUAAUGUAUAUAUAUAUGUGCCAUUUUCAACCAAAAGGGUACUUAUUGUCGCUUGUCAGUAAGGCGCUAUUUCCAUAUAGCUUCAAUUAGAAAUCAACCUUAUCGACAAGCGACAAUGUGGUACCUUUUGAUUGAAAACGUCACAUAAUAUGCCCUUGACUGUACUAGCAAAACCUGAAAUUGUGUGCCUUCAGAGAAUUUGGUUGCUAGUGAAGUGUGUUGCUACAUAUAGUUUUAAGUGUUAAGAAAUAAGGCCCGCAAUUCGGUGGAAUAAGUUAUUUUGAAAAAUCGUAUUGAAUCUUAAAAGUAAUUCUCAAUUUGUGAAAGAUAAAUAACUAAAAACCUUGUAUUUUGACCUUGUUAGUAUAAUAGUGUUUGUAUAUUAUGGUUUAAAUUAAAUUAUACAUAUUAACAUUGCGGAUAAAACAACUGCGUAGCAGACAUUGAUCUUGUGAAUAUUCUAUCCUCGGCAAGUUGAAAGUUGACCCUGCUUGGAUGUUUUAGGUUUUAGUUAAAAAUUGUUUGCUCAAUUUUAGGUUUUGCCGAAUAUUUUUAUUUAUAUUAUAGUUACACGUGUCAAAGUUAUAUACUGUGCUUCCAAGCCACGUCAUAGUACAGUCAGCUGCAGAGAAAAGGUACCCCCCCCCCCCCUGCAUAGAAGUUUGUAUGCAAAGGUGCUAAGCGAAUAGUAUUGCUGACUGUACGCUAACUCUUGUAAAUAGUUACAGUACAAUAAUUGGACUAUAACAUCUUUUUUGAUAAAUAAAAUAAUGUUUUGAA